UUGGAAUUGACUUGGAUCCAUGUUUUUCCAUACUUGAUCAUGGAACCCUUCUUGCAAAGAAUGUUCAGUAUUUCAAAUGGCCAUCCAGUGAAGAAUCCUUUACCUAGAUCUAUCGUUUCUGAGAAGAAGUUGCAGCUGAGGCACGCAUCUAUGUAUUCUGAUCCUGACAGCCAGAGUACAUACACCAGCGUCAUCCCCCCACCUCCCAGCAGGACGCAAGUCAAAAAGGUCUCCACAAGUGUACCUCAUGAUGUGAUAGGGCAGCGUGUAGCAGCAGCAGAACGCCAGGAUUCUACAUCCCCAGUUAUAUCUCCUCACCAAUCACCACCAACUUCACCAGUUACUUGGAGGAAACACAGCAAGCAGCAUCCGAGUGGAGGUAAUACGGGACUCAAGCAGGGACUGGGCUUCCUUUGGAAGAGCACAGCUGGCUCUUGA